AAUAUUUAAGAUUUUAAUAUAAACUAUCACUUUCACAUAAUUCCUAUACAAUACGAUAACAAUAAUUCAAUAAUUUUGUAACUUUAUUACGCUAAUUUCAAUUAAAAACUUCAAAAACAAUAGGCAAACACGUUCUUAAAACAAUCUUGAUAACUAACUGCAGUGCAAAUAAGUCGUAAACAAGAUUACGCUCAUUUUUUAACAUUUUAUUAGUUCAUAAUGUCUGAAGAUUUAAAGAAGCUAAAUUACAAGCGUGGCGCUAUUAAAGGUAAAAUUACAGCCUUUCAAAAGUUCGUCUCCAAUGCAGCAGCGGAGCCGCAACUGAGCGAGUUACAACUUGCAGAAUUGCAGCUGCGAUUUGAUAAAAUAGUACCGCUAUACGAUGAAUACGAUGCAUUACAGACGGACAUCGAGAUGUUGUCUGCGUCUACAAGCGGCGAGGACGUUGGCGAAGAGCGAGCUGUCUUCGAGGACGCCUACUACUCGAGCAUGUCGUCUGCGCAAGUCCUGAUUCAGAAGAAUUCGAGACGAGCUUCAGUUGGAAAUGAGUUCGAGGUAAGCUCUGCAAAUACAGUUGUCAAGGCGCACAAUUCUAAUUUUAUUAAUUUGCCAAAGAUUAAUUUGCCUCGUUUUGAAGGUGGAUAUCAGGAUUGGUUAGCAUUCCGGGACACGUAUCUCUCGUUAAUACAUAAUAAUGAGUCUAUCAACACAAUAAAUAAAUUUCAUUACCUGCGCGCGUCUCUGAAAGGCAGCGCUGCACUUAUUAUUCAAAGUUUGGAUCUCACGUGUGACAAUUAUUCAAUUGCAUGGCAGUUACUUUCAGAGAGGUAUGAUAAUCAGAAGUUGUUAGUAGCCAAUCAUGUUAAUGCAUUAUUCAAUGUCGAGCCCGUACGUCAAGAGUCGAGCCAGGAUAUUCCAUUCCCGUCCGGGAUUAUAUUAGCAGAUCCAAAGUUUAAUGAGCCGUCUUCCAUUGACAUUUUAGUAGGUGCCGAGAUAUUCUGGGAUGUUCUUGGAGUCAGAAAAAUUGAGUUAGGUCCAAAUCAGCCCACUCUUCGUGAUUCUAAGUUCGGAUGGCUGGUGUGUGGAGCAAUUAUUCAUCCUAAAGUGGACGUGCCACAGACGUGCAUGUUCACGCACGAGCUGCCUUCCGAUUCAGGUGUUGAUAUAUCUAGAUUUUGGGAGUUAGACUCAGUUGCACCUGAGCACAAGUUCACGCCGGAAGAAAACGCUUGUGAGGAACACUUUCAAAAACUACGACACGUGAUGCUGACGGGUAAGCGAGAUUCAGGAACGUACAGCUGGCUGUCAGUGGCGUUAUGUGCCGUCGAAGGAGAAUCCAGCAGACUUGGUUUCUCGUGGUCUCAGCGCUGA